AGAUCAGCUCCAGCACCCCUGCGACCCUUAACUGGAUAAGCAGCGUGAGUCUGCAUGGUCGCGGUGGCAGCAUGACAUCAUUGACAUACAUGACCCAAAUAUUUCUCUUCAUCUUCAUGAACUCAAUCGAUCUGUCGAAGGAGGGGUGUUUAGACCAUCUGGAUGUGAAGACAUGGGGGGGAAAACUGAAAGACACCUUCUCCGUCUUGACAAAUAAAGAUCUCAAGGUCACAGUGAUGUGUACUUUAAAGUCUGAGUGCGGGAAGGGAAUACAGAUAGCGUGUGACCUGCUAAAUGACUGCUUCCAAACAUUUUUACCACAGCCAAAUGUUUCGAACACAAGUCAAGAAUGCAAAGGGGAAAAUGUUACAGUGUAUUACUAUAACUUCAUGUGCCUGACGGCCGAAGCUGCCAAUUUUCCUGUUGAAGGCUGCGAAUACAACACCAUGUGCAAGAUGUGGAACGUGCGUGCGGAAAGCGCAUCGCCUCCUUCUGCUCCGACAACAACACCGCCACCGACAACAACAACAAGAAUAACAACAACACCGCCACCGACAACAACAACAAGAAGAACAACAACACCGCCACCGACAACAACAACAACAACAACACCGACAACAACAACAACAACACCGCCACCGACAACAACACCAACAACACCGCCACCGACAACAACAACAAGAAUAACAACAACACCGCCACCGACAACAACAACAACAACAACAACAACAACAACAACCACCGACAACAACAACAAGAAUAACAACAACACCGCCACCGACAACAACACCGCAACAACAACAACACCGCCACCGACAACAACAACAACAGCGCCAACAAUCACACAGAGUUCCCCCAAAAAACAAUAUGACAACAUGCAGAAGAUGUUACCGGUGUCUUUGGUCUUCAACAUGCUGGGGCCCCUGGCUGUUUACCUCUACAUGCGCCGCCAGAGGAUGCGGGACAGGAAGCAGUGGACUUUAACAAGCGGCGACCAGCCAAAGACAGAGUUAGACGCACUGCCGGCAUCUGCAAACAAUAAGGAGAUUGAACUUUUAAUCCAGGGUAAUCAAGUAUAAUUCCGACAUAACACAUCAGUAAUACAUAAUUCUGACUAUCGCAACGUUGGAGAGCAAGCUUACGAUGUCCCCUCUGUUCGCUCUUAAACGCAACACUGCUGCCUGGAUGUGAACGUAUCUGGAUGCCAGGUGAAUUGGGAUUGCUGUAAUUGGACAGUAUGGAGAAGUUCACUGAGCUACUCUUUUGGACCAACUUCGGAAGAGUCUAAAUGAACCACAGAAAAGUUGUCAGAGUUGUUUGGCUUGCAGCAACACUUGUAAAGUACGCCAGCUCUUAAGCCUAAAACUGCUGCAGUUACUGUACGUGUUAUUUUAGAUGCAUGAAAAAAUGAUGUGAUACAUACAGGCAACAGUGGCAUACCCAACCAGGACAGGCAAGACUGGACUGACUGGUCCUUCUGGGAGACUGUAAAUAUCAAGUAUGAAUUAAAAAAGAACAAAAAAUACUGUACAGCUUUGAUGUGUGCUGAAGGCCUUUUUUUUUUUUUUUUUUUUUUUUUUUUUUUUUUUUUUUUUUUUAAACCAACGGCACUUUUAACUUUCCACAGUUUUUUUACUCAGUGAGCCAUUUGCAGCUUUUUGGUACCAAGUUUUUCAAAUCGGGGCUAGAAAAUGUUGCCAGGUUGUCAGACAGAGCAACAGAUGAAGUUCUCUGGGCAGUGGACCCCCCAAAAGCUUUUUUUAAAACACUGCUGUAUUUUGUUAGCUGAGCUCUUUGUUUUUUGUAUUACAUGCAUUGAAUUUGAUUUUGAUGAUGCAUGUGCAACGUGCCGAAGGAAAAAGUUUGAAAUGCAUUUCUGGUCGAGCUGCCCAGAGAUUUUAUAUUUUACAUUUGAACCAAUUUUUUUUUAAGCUGUGAAAACAUACUGUAGUUGAUGUGAAACAUAAUUACAUACUAUAAUUACAUAUUAUAACACAUACAUCAGCCUAACAUGAAGAGGAUUGUUUCAGUGUGUGUGCGUGUGUUACUUAAACUUAAAGUUGAGGACACAGCGCCGACCUGCAGUAAGCAAUAAUCUCAUUGUUUGAUAUAAGAAAUCAGUGGGUGGAGCCUAUAGGUUACUACAAAUAUGAAUUGAUAAAUUAAAACAACAAAAGAGUCACUUCUGUGAAAAAUGGCCAGUUUGCUAGCUUCCGCUCUGAGCCUCCAUCCAUUGAGGUUCAUCUCUGUAAUUGCCUUAAGGGGCCAGUCCUGCAUAUAGGGAGUUAGUGCUUAGUCCUAUGUAAAAGACAUAAUGUUUUUCUACUGAUUCAAGGUUAACUUGGGGAAAGGAAGAUUUUUUUUUUUAGUAUUUAUCAUUUUGGUAGCAUAUUUUGUGAAACAUGUUGUGAAUAGUAAACAGAACAUUUAAGCUAUGUCAUAUUUUUGUAUUAUUUAACUCCUUUGGUAUUUUUUGCAAUGUGAUUUUAUCAAAAUGUGACAAAAUGUAAUCUUUCUGACAGUUAUACGUGUUGUAGUAUUAUUAAAGGAUUAUAUCUUAUUCCAGA